GUUUUCACAUUCUCAUUGUCUUUCCGUCUUUCACUUUCUUCGCGGCAUUACAAUUACAAUUUUCAUAAAAACUUUAAAAAGCAAGCCAGCUGUGGAGGGGCUGUUAUGUUAGGGUUUUAAGCGAAGCAGAGCUUCCUCUCUAGGGUUUAAGGGACGCUUCCAUUGAAUUGAAACCCAAUCAAAGAAAGCCGAAAGAAUAUUCUCUGUUCGGAUAUGGCCUUCUGGGGUGUCGAAAUAAAGCCGGGAAAGCCUUAUACACAUCAAUAUGAUGAUAUGCGAGGAAGACUUCACAUUUCUCAGGCAACGUUGGGUACCGGGUCAUCUACAGACAAAAGCUUACUUCAAUGCAAUGUAGGGGACAAGAGUCCCGUACUUCUGUGCUCUCUGUUGCCCGACAAGACUGAAUCGUGCCCAUUAAGUCUCGAAUUCGAGGAGGAUGACGAUGUCGUUUUCUCGGUUGUUGGCCCUCGAAGCAUUCAUCUCACCGGUUUCUAUCUGGGGGUCGUCCAGGAUUUUGGCGGAGAUGAUGAUGAAACAGAUUCUUAUGGAGAAGAUAUUGGUGAGACUGAGACAGAGGAAUCCACUGAUUACGAUACUGAAGAUGAGGAUGAAUAUGAUGAGGAUUUCAUUGAUGACGGUGAUGUGGAAGUCUUUCCACCUUCGCCUGUUCCCAAUAGUGGAGUUGUUAUUGAGGAGAUAUUGGAUGAUGAGAAGCCUACAGUUGCAAAUGGAAGCCAGAAACAUCCUAAGAAGAAAUCCCAGUUGAGGGACUCUGACAAUGAUGACAGCUCUCAGCGGCAAAUUGUUGUCAAAGGUAGUACCAGUGCCCAAUUUUUAGAAAGUGAAGAUGAAGAUGGCUUCCCUAUUUCCCCCCGAUCCAAAAUCAAAUCCAGUGUUAACAAUCUAGAAGCAGAAAAGGAGAAGACAGACAAGAAAUCGGACAAGGAAAGCAAGAAGAAGAAGACACAAGAUGAUGGCAACCAAGUUACAGGUUUAAAAAGGAAGAGUAGUACUGCAGUUGAGGAUGAUGAGCCAGUAAGGGGAGCUGGUCAGCCAUGUGAUGCUUCUGUACCCUCUUCUGUAGUUGGCUUGGAAAAGGGAGUGGGGACCAAGAAGAAAAAGAAAGAGCAGGCUAAGGAAGGGAGAGCCCUUGAAGCUGCAAAUGAUGAUAAGAAUGAUGAGCCCAAGGGAGAUAAAAUGCAAUCUGAGCAGAAACAUCAAGACAAGAGUCUUGACAUGGAUGAGGAAAAUACUGCUGCUGCUGUUGCUGCUGAAACACCCUCUGAAGAAAAGAAAGGGAGGAAGAAAAAGAAGAAUAAGAAGAAUAAGAAGAGUAAGACUCAAGAGACUGCUGUGGAUGUGGUUAAAGAGGAACCUUCUUUGGCAGUGGAUGAAAAGAAGGCAUCCAUUAUGGGGUCUGAGGGCAAGAAAGUGGAAGCAAAGGCAUCGCAUGUGAGGACCUUCUCUAAUGGAUUGGUUAUUGAGGAGCUAGCAAUGGGCAAACCAGAUGGCAAAAGAGCUUCUCCUGGAAACAAGGUUGCUGUCCACUACAUUGGCAAGUUAAAGAAGAAUGGAAAAAUAUUCGACUCUAAUAUUGGUAGAGCACCUUUCAGAUUUCGACUAGGUGUGGGCCAAGUUAUAAAAGGAUGGGAUGUUGGCCUUAAUGGCAUGCGCAUUGGUGACAAAAGAAGGCUAACAAUCCCACCAUCGAUGGGGUAUGGUUCACAAGGCGCUGGUGGGCAAAUACCACCUAACUCGUGGCUGGUUUUUGAUGUUGAGUUGGUUGAUGUCCGAGGUUGAGUUGAUGUCUUCGCAGAGAGAAACAAUGCCAAUUUUUUGUUUUCCGCCCACAUGUUUUACUCUGUUGACCCGCCUUGUAAGCAGUUUUGAUCCUUCUGGGCAAGACCAAAAUAUCUUCUUAAUAGAUGGAAAAGCAAAUUCUCAGUAGAAGGCUCCGUUUUCUUCUGAAGUCAGGUGUCCUUUUGUUUUCUAAUACCGAUUACCGAGCACUUGCUUAGUAUUCUUGUCUGCGCUGCAACAAAUUAAAAAUACAUUCUUUUUAGUACAUUUACCUAAGCAUUUGAUGCUUGAGGCCAUUUGGAUA